UGAGCACAACAUAACAUUUUCGGUUAAAGUUCAUUUUGCGUGGCUCUAGUUCAGUUCGCGUUAAAGUUUUAUUAGUAACGUGCGAUGAAGUCAACUGCAUGUUUGUUUUUGUGUUGUAGUUUAGUGAUGGCAAGAUGGGCAUCUUCACAAACAAUGGGUAAAUCAGUUUUUCGCAGAUAAUUGUACAACCACCAAUGCUCACGAAGGUAAAAUGGUUUCAAUUACGGACUGUCCGCCAUUACUAAAAAUUGCUACGAGUCCGGUGAUUUCGAUACACGACAAAAGGUAUCUCGAAGCACAUAUAUGUGGACACCAACUUGUUUGUUGUGAAGUGUCGAUGAUCAAGGCCACUGAUGUUACUGUUGUGCCAGCCACUACCACCAAAACUAUAUCUACUGCUCCCAUCAGUAUUACUAGUGGUAGAACUUCUGAAUCUGAUUAUGCUGGCUUAUCCAAACUUCCAUUACCAAAUGAUAAUGUUUGUGGCUUGGAUUCCGCAAGCCCACGAAUCAUCGGCGGAGAAAAAACAGAUAUGAAUCAAUUUCUAUGGACGGUUGCUUUGGAUUACAAUCUCCCAAACAAAAAAGGUGUUCGUUGUGGUGGUUCCCUAAUCAACACAAGAUAUGUAUUGACCGCUGCGCAUUGUGUUUACAGCACCCAUGAGAGCGAACUCACUCUUCGCUUAGGCGACUGGGACAUCCAGGAAAAUCCAGAUUGUGAUAGUGAUGGGAACUGUAAUGAAAAAGCAAAAUUUGUAAAUGUGAGUCGGAUAAUUAUUCACCCAGAAUAUAAGCGAGACAGGAAGCCCAAAAAGGUCUACGAUAUUGCACUCUUAAGGAUGGAAAAAGCUCUUCCAGGGAACUACACCAAAUACAUUUUGCCCAUAUGCAUGCCAAUGUCAAUUACGCUCAUGCAGGAUUUAUUUGCCAACAGAAAUGUCAGUAUUGUUGGCUGGGGAUCGGACGGAAAUGAAACCAGAAAUCGUUUCAAAAUGUACUCCGUGAUAACCACUAUCAGCAAUCACAAGUGUAAAAAAGAACUGGAGAAACCCAUAAGUGACAGUCAAAUGUGUGCCAAAUCCUUAACGGGCAACUAUAGUGACGCCUGUGAAGGCGACUCAGGAGGUCCCUUACAAAUCCAAAUAAACGGAACGUACUAUCUCAUUGGAAUUGUCAGCUACGGACCACGUUGCGGCUCAACUAAGCUACCAGCGGUUUACACCAGAGUCACGUCGUACAUGGCAUGGAUAUUGGAGAAUAUCAUAAAUUGAAAGCAAUUAAAACUUUAAACUGUGAAGUUGACUGUUUCGAUAUACCAGAAGAAACAAAAUUUCGAUGAAUAAUAGAAUUUCAGAAAUUCCUUCUUCUCAAACUUCAACAAUGAAUCCAUCCUGGACCUAGGGAAUGAGAAUCCUUCUUCAUCCUAUAGCGCCGCUAUGUUGAUCCUACUUCAAAAACAAACGAUUCAGACACCGAAUAUAUUCUU